GACGUGGCAAAGGGAAAGGCAAGGGAAAGAAGAAGGACUCAGGUCCGAAAGGCAAAAUGAAGGAGGCGGGUCAGGACAAAGGCAAGGGAGCGAUGUCAAGCUCGCAAGGGACCACUAUGAUUCCGCCGGAACCGCCAUGGACAGUCAGUUCAACUGGCCUUGCUCCUCUUCCACCUCCCACAGAGCCUCCACCCCAGACUGCAGAAGGAGUUAUGUUGAAAGAGCUGCUUACAGCUUUGAAAAAGUCUGCCACCGAGCAGGAUCCAGAGGUGAAAGCGAUUGUUCAGAGAACAGCCAUGCAAGAAGGCCAGGGUGCAGCAAAAACUUUGUACUCAGCAGUAGACGAUCUCACAACUGCUCGAGAAGCAUUGGACUGUGCACGAUUGGCGCGACACAACUUGCACAUCCGCUGGAGAAAUUUCUUAGCAGAUGCAGUGGUCAGAUGGCAAAAACAUACGACAGAUUUCCAGAAGGAGGAAAAGGAACUUACGGAUCAGAUCGAGGCUGCUCGACAGGCACUACACAAUGCCGUCACCAAGUUCGAAGAGUCCAAACAAGAACUGGGAGACCAAGUGGUAGAUGUCGAUGCAGAAGUUCCAAUGGCCGAAGGAUCAGAAGGUGCAGAGAAAGACACGAUAGGUACUGCUCUUCAGGAGAGCCUAUCCACAAUGUCUGCACAACUGAUCUCGCUACAAGCAUCAGCAGAAGCUAUGGUGACAGACGAAGUGAACUCCAACAAGAGGCAAAGAACAGAUGGAGGCCAAGCUGGGCCAUCAUUCUCUGCCGGAGCUGGGUUGCCAGCUGGUUCGCCGUCGCCCAAUGCCCCAUCGAUGCAGCCAUUUCCACAAGAGAAGCCGCCUUUUGUGCCGCCCGACAAGUCGUGUUGGCGAGACAAAAAUGAGCCAACGGAAGAAACCAUUUUUAGCAUUGUUCAUCCUGACCCUCCACGAAGCAAUCUCCGUCAUGAAAUCAUGUUUGAUCUCAUUAUUGCGCAGGGGCUUGAAGCGCCAAGAAAAGCCGGUUUGAUCACAGUUUUGCAGAAGGAUGAGGCAAACGCCAGAGAAAGAUUCGCUGUCGCUGCAUCAGUGCCUGAUCAACUCAGCGGCUAUCAGGCUGUACAAAGUGCAGAAGUGCUUCAUGAGUGCAACAUCCACAUGUGCACGAUUCGGCAUGACCUGGUGAUCAUUCCCUUUACCAUGACGCCUACACAUGACAUGCAGGAUGGUGAUUCAUUUACCAUUGCAGUACGUUCCCGUUCCCCAGGUUCGGCGGCAACAGGCAGCCAUGACUUUCCUGUAGAGAGUGGACCUAGUAGUAAUGCAACCAUGGGUUCCAAUUCUAGUGGUAGUGGGGAUCCCGAUGCAUCAGAGCCAGUAUCUGCAAACGCAGGAGAUGUUUCCAGUCAAGGGGUUCACAUUUUCCGCCUUGGGCAUCCACCAACAUUUGGCAGAUUGAGAUGGGACACGGCAGAUCACAUUUUGCAUGAUGCAGCACGACUUGUGCGUACACCACCAGCGCAGUGUGUCUGUUUUCACUACCUGCAGGUGCAUCCCGAUGAUAUGGACAUCCAACAAGAGGCUAUCAUCUUGCAACAUCUUCAUGAUGUGGCCCCGGGUUCCACUGAAAAACUGAUUCUCAUUGACGUUGAAAUGCACGGCUCGGCAUCCAGUAGUCAAGCACUCCAUGCGCCAAGGGUCAUGAGGCAGGUCUUUAAGGUCGUUCCAACGUUGACACGUUCACAGGUCCUGCAGAUUGCACAUGUCCUUGCGUAUUGUGAAUGGGCUGCCCAGGGAUGUUUUGUCUUUUGCAACAGAAUUAUCUGGAAUGCACAAGAUUUUGGUCCUCGCCGUAUUGCCCACGGGAUGUACUUUCGAAUCAUCAUUCCACCGCCUUUGAACACUGCUUGGGAACUUGGCCAUGCACUGCGCAUAUUCGAGGAGACAGCAGCUCUCUUCGAAUCCCCAGAAGCCAGUCGUGUAGCGGUGGAAAUUUUAAACAACAACCCACAGGGUCCUGUCCAUGACGUCAUCACCAAUAGAUUGAACAACUACGCAUGCCAUGUCAUUGUGGAACAAGCAGUGUGUCCCCAGAGAGCAGCAUGUGUCAUUACGGCUUUGCUUGAAGGAGACCGAACAGAUGGUUUCAUCCAAGGUGCCUUUUCCCUUCCAGUUGUGAUCCGUGAGCAGAAUGUCAUUGAUGCGAUUGAAAUUGAGCCUUUCUGUGAAGGGAGAAGUCGCACAGUUACAUGUGGUGCUGCUCCAGUCCACUUGGUAGAGGCAACAGAGAUCAACUCAGGAUGCAGCAUUAAAGUUCGUGUCACCAAGCCACAAUCACAAAUGCCGAUUCCGCCUGGUGAAGAGAAUGGACAUUUUGAAGACAUUGCAAUGCUCCAAACCCCAACACCACGGAUUCUCAAUCUUGACACACUUGUGCAUAGUUGUCAUAUUGAUUUUGGUUUCAAGGUCUCCAGUGAAAAUCCAUCAAUGGGAACAGAUCCAAACUUUGAGUUCAAUGCAAAUGCUGCAGAAUUCAGACCCGGAGCCUGGAAUAUCCGUGCACAACCUGAGCACAUCCAAGACCUUUAUGCACAAUGGUCUCAACGUGCUAGAGCAUGGGAAGGUGAAGCACCAAUGUCAAAUGUCAUCACUUGGUUUGUCGACCACAGACAGGAAUGGCAUUGUUAUCAUGGCAGAGUUGUUGCUUUGCAGGAAGAUUUUGAAGAUUGGGAACGACGCAUGCGACAAACCUGGCAAGACAAGAUUGAUGCAAAUGUGCCCCUGGAGUUUAACAUUGUCUCACCGACACCGCCAAGACUUGAACAGAAUGUAGCAGCGCAUGUCAUUCUUGUCCAAGCCCCAGGAGACACAUUAGUGACAUCCUUGGUCACAGCGUCUGAUCCUGCCAUUUAUGGACCUGAGCCACGCCGGGCAGCAGUCACUACGCAUGAGCACAUCAGUGUAGAGCAAAUCCUGCGACCGUGCAAUUAUGAUCCAGUUUGCCUCCGACCGGAGAGUCAGGUUCAAUGUCAGGCACAGAAAGUUCCAACAGAGGUUCCGAAGCACCGACUGGACUUUGGUGCUUCUUUGGAUGACCUACAGGAGCAGGAUGUCCCUGAUGCAUGGGCAUUUGUCGUCCUCGGAGAAAAGUAUACAAGUACCCAUGGUGAGGUUGACUUGACGCUCCUGGGUUGGCAUGAGGAACAAUUGACACAUUACCUGGGCACGACUCAAAUCGGCUCAGAACAUGCAGAGCGCGAAGCGCUGUUCUGGGCAGCGCUGUGGAGGCUUUCCAUCAACUUGACAAUUCCUACAGUUUUCAGAUCUGACUCGGUAACAACUGCAGAUCAGUCUUUAGGUGCCGCUGGAUGUAGGGAUGAUCACCCGACAUACGGUCAUCUGCGCAGUAUAUUCCAAGCAUUGCAAGCUGCACUGCCUCCCGAUUGUCUCGAAGUACAGCAUGUCCGAGGACAUGCGGGAGAUCCUUGGAAUGAGCUAGCGGAUCACUUAGCAAAGACUGAGGCAACUUGUGGCCACAAAUUGCGCCGACAGUCCAUUGACCUCCGAAAGUGGAAGCCUGUUUUUCCUUAUUUAUGGAUGCUUUUUGAAAGUCGUGCAGGACUCCCUCAAUUCCGAGGCAACUGCUUUGAUGUACACCCACCACGCCUCCCCGAGGCGAAGCCAGCUGACAGACAGGCCAGUAGUAAUGGUUCACGAAUCAUUCGACAUCACAUGGCUUUGAGCCUCGCCACAUGUAAUGUAGGCUCGCUUUUUGUCGGCCCUGACGGCUAUGGUGGCAAGCUUGCUUAUCUGCGUACACAAAUGAAAGCAUUUCAGUUGAACAUGCUAGGGAUCCAAGAGGCUAGAAGCCCAGCAGGAAUGUCCGCAACAGAUGAGAUCAUCCGACUUGCCAGCGGAUGUGAGCAUGGUCAGUAUGGUGUUGAGCUUUGGGUCAACACAUCGCAUCCUAUUGCACACAACGGGUCCAGUCCAUGUUUUGUCAAGAAGUCGCAUCUUCAAGUUGUCCAUUCAGACCCACGACGUAUCGUUGUGAGGAUUGCCCAUCCGUGCUUAGAUUGCCAUGUGUGUGUUUUUCAUGCACCGCAGAGUGGUAGACCCUUGCAAGAACGCCGUGCAUGGUGGACUGAGACGAGCAGGAUCCUUCAGGAACUUGCAAACGCACAUUCCUUGUAUGUUUUGAUGGAUGCCAAUGCCAAGACAGGACCAAGCUGUGAACCAAUUGUGUUCGGAAAAGAUGAUGCCAGCUCAGCGAACACAAAAUUUUUAUGUGACUUCUUGGUGGACAGAAAUCUGUGCCUUCCAAGCACUUCGCAGCUGCAUCAAGGCCCUGACCACACGUGGACAGCACCUGACGGGAUUGCGCAACAUAGGAUUGACUUUGUUGCCAUACCUCAAGAUGAAAUCUGCUUUUGCACGUAUUCUUGUACUCUGGACCAAUUUGAUCAUGGCAAUCAGCAUGAAGAUCAUCAAGCAGUUGCCUUGCAGUUGCAGUGGAUACAAGAUCGGGUCAUCCCUGGAAAGCAUUCGCAUAUGACCUGUCAACUUGACCGUCAUGCAAUUACAGGGCAAGAGCGAUUGAUUGACAUGUCAUACUUGCAGGCCAGUCCAUGGAAUGAGGACGUGGAAACUCAUGUCCAAGCUUUUAACGCUGCCAUUCAUACCACAGUCAAGCAAUGUUGCUCCAUCCGCAGACAAGGGAAAAAGAAACACUACAUUCCCGAGGAGGUAUGGGCAUGGCGGUCUGCCAAAUUGCACUUGCGUCGGAGAUUGCAAGAAGCCAGAAAGCAGAUUAGUCGAGACUCUCUUCGUCUUGUUUUUUGGGCAUGGAAACAUCACCAACAAGAUUCAGAUUGUAUCCAGCCCAUACUGUCGGCACACGCUGGUCAUGCCAACACGACGAUUUGUCUCCUUUUUCAUCUCAAUUGUAGAUAUCAGACUCUUGCACGCCAAAUCAAACGUGCAUUGCAGCGCACUAAACAUGUGCAGCUAGCCAAGGAGCUAGACUCCACCUGUGACAAAACAGCAGCAGGAACCCUCCUGCAGAUGCUCAGGCCAUUUAUUGGAUCCACCAACCUCAAAAAACAAAAGAAGUCUGGCCUUCCGGCAGUCAGACAAAAAGACGGCAGCAUUUGCCGCACUCCAGAAGAGGCACAGAAUCGGUGGAUUGAAUACUUUGGCCAAAUGGAAGGUGGCACACGACUUAGCCAUGAUGAAUAUCGAUCGGUGUGGAGGGAAAACCUGCACAAAUUCAUGCACCAUGAACCGUUUGCCAUCAGCAUCACGGACCUCCCCAGUCUUGUUGAAUUGGAAUCAGCUUUUCGCCGUGUUUCUCCAGGGAAAGCUGUGGGUCAAGAUGGCAUUCCACCAGAAUUGUGUAAGGUUAAGGCGACUGAGCUCGCUAAACUCACUUACUCCAUGUUGAUGAAGGUCUUUAUUCAUGGUCAAGAAGCAGCAGAGCACAAAGGUGGCCGUUUGGCCAUUGCAUGGAAACACCGCGGUGACACCAGAGACUGUGACACACACCGCUCACUGCUUGUAUCCAGUCACAUUGGCAAGACCAUACACCGUGCUCUUAGGCAAAAGCAUCACAGCUUGUACACCACAUUUAUGCAAGCCCAACAGCUCGGAGGACGGCCGAAGAUUCCUGUAGGCAUCCCGCUGCAUUUGUCUCGUGCGUUCUUGAGAUGGCAACGUAGGCUCAAAAGGCCUACAGCUUGUGUCUUUUUGGACCUCACAGAAGCGUUUUAUCGGCUGGUUCGUCCUCUUGCGCUGGGAGGCGACUUGUCUGAUGAUGACAUUGCCGCAAUUGCUGCCAGACUAGGUUUCAAUGAUGACACACUCCAUCAGUUUCAUGCCCAAUUGCAAGAGCCAUCAGCAGUCCAGCAAGCAGGAGCCAGUCCUGUGGUUCAAAGGUUUUUACAAGCUCUACACAGUGACACAUGGUUUACGCUGGGAACGCAACAUGAUGUUGUCAGGACUGCCAUCGGCUCGAGGCCGGGUGACUCAUACGCAGAUGUAGUCUUUGGCCUACUCUGGGCCAAAUUACUACGACAAUAUGAGCAGUUGCUGAUGGACAAUGGAGUGUUAGAACACAUCCCUGAGUGCGAUUCUCCGCACCUCUUUGACAUGCCACCGCUUUCAGCAGACAAUGAGCUGGAACACGUGCAUUUCGUCGAAGAUACUAUUCUUCCGGACAAGGUCUUACUGUUGUUCAUGAACAUGGCACAGCGCAGGUAUCCGUUGUUAGCCGAUAUUUGCACCUCGGGGGCAUCCUGCACCACCGGGAUGUUGACCGUGCAGAGGCAGCAACUGAUUGGGCAACGCAUGAGAUGCCAACCACAACCAGGGGCAGGUUCAUCCAAUGACCGUGAGCUUGAAGAACGUUUGGAUCGAGCACAGCCAUUUUUGCAGGCCUUCGGGCCAAGAGUCAAUAACCCAAGACAAAUUGAAUUUGAAGCGCAUGAUGAAUCAUUGCUUGAAGACAUUUACCUUGCAAUGUUAGAUGCGGAAGAAGAGAGUGACUUGGAAGUGAUUAUCAGGAGGGAAAUCAGCAAACAUCCUGUCAGCUGGACGAUUUGCAAGCAUACACUCCAUCAUUUCCUUGAAUUUUUUUCGCAACAAGACGCAGAAGUUUUGAAAUUUUCCUUUGAAGAUGUUCGAAGCUGUGUAAUCAAGCUGGAGAACCCAGAUGCCUGGUCUUUCUUACAUGCAGAGUGCACACGAGAUGGACGACAACUGUCCACGGACAUCAGCGUCUGGGAAGACUGGUUUGCAUGCAUGGCCUGUUCGCCACCUUGCGAGUGGCAGCAGCUGCAACCGCUACCGAGGUCUUUAAGCAGACAGAGGAUUAUUCUUCAUGCUUAUGCAGGUCGACGCCGAAGAGGGGACAUUGAAUGGUAUAUUGACGAAGUUGCCAAGUGUCAUCCGGAGGUUGUUAUCCAUGUUGCUUCAGUCGAUAUUGUGAUUGAUGCGGGCUUUGGCGAUAUCACGAAGGAAGCGACAAGAAGUUACUGGGUUGGACAUAUCCGACAAGGACAUGUCGUUGGUUUCCUAGCUGGACCCCCAUGUAACACUUGGAGCAGAGCACGCCACCAUGUUCUCACUGGCACACAUGGCCCUAGGAUUGUACGCACACCCGAUGCACCGUGGGGACGUGAAUCUUUACGGCUACGCGAGUUGCAGCAGGUUAGCAUUGGUACUUUGCUACUUGGGUUUGCAUUCCAGUGCAUCGUUGCUUUGGCGUUGCACUCUGGAACUGGCUUCGUUGAGCACCCAAAGGAUCCCGAGGAGAGUCACAUGGUGAGCAUCUGGCGGUUGCCAGUGCUCAGAGCCAUUUUGCAAUUGCCCAACAUUCGGCUAUUGCAUUUAGCUCAAGGACUCUUCGGGGCACCGUCAGCAAAGCCAACUACGCUCUUAGUCCUUGGCAUGCCCGGUCUGGAAAUGGAAUUUCACUCCAACAGGGUGACUCGUGAACUGCCGAAGGGUGCUUCAGUGGGAAAGGAUCACUUGGGUCAAUUCCAUACGGCUCCACUCAAAGAAUAUCCACCAUCGAUGUGUAGAGCCUUAGCUUUUGCGCUAUGCUCUGAAGUCAUCUGCACGGAGUGCGAUGGCUCGAAUGUGCCGGCUGAGUUGAUCGAUCGCUGUACAGCCAUGACCAACCAGCUUUUCGGCCAAUUUAUCGGUCAUGAUGACGGCUGA